AAAAUAAUUGUCAAAAAUUACAGUGACACAUAAGCAAAGCUCCACCAAAAUUUCUCCCUAAAAUCUCCAAGAAUGACUACUACCUCCGAAUCAGUAUUCUCCAUUGAGCUUCAAGCCUGCUUCAAUGAACUCAAAAAGCACUCGUUGUCCUACAAGUUAGGCUCAGGCCAACAAACUGUCGGUGGAGAUGAAGUUGAAAACCCUCUUGAUAAACAAUUUUCCAUAAUCCUGUCCAAAAUCGAUGAAAUUUUCGACAAAACGCCAAAAGAAUCGGAAGAAUACUUGAAGAUUCUGUCAAUGAAAGCUUCGAUAAUUUACGAAAAGGCCAAAAUCCUUUUGUCGGAAAGCUUGCUUGUUCCGAGUAAGAAAAACUUGGAAGAGGCUUUGGAGUUGAUCAAAUACUUUUGGAAUGAUCCCAAAGUGGCAUUUUUGUAUAUGAGAAUUGUGAAUCAUUUGACAUAUGUAUUAUCCAGGUUAGGGGAGUUAGAACAAGCUGAGGAACUGUUGUUGAAAGCUAUAGAAGAAGGAGAUAAAUGUAGCCCUGAAGUGUUUAGCACUGACGACUUGUUUCUGAACACUAAAAAGAACCCUUCAGUAUGUUUGUCGAAACUGAGCCGCUUGACGUUGAACAACAUGCACAUGCUGUCGUGGAUUUAUGCCAAGUUAGGGGAAACGUCAAAAAACAUCAAAAUGCAACACGACAUUUUGCAGAAACAGUUCGAUUUUGGUGAAAGUGAUGUUAUCAGAUGGGCUGAAUCGUGUUAUAGACUUGCUGGAAUGUUUAUAACCGAAAAGGAUUGGGAGAACACUAGGUAUCAUUUGGCAGCAGCCGAAUCCGUCUUGAAUCCUUUGGAGGUGUCUCUAGCUCCAAAUCCAGAGAUCUAUGCUGUUCAAGCUGAUCUGGCUAGGUCAUGGGUAUUUUACGGGUUACAACUGUUUAAUUAUAGCAGAAGUCCAGCAAUAAUCAAUCCUGACAUUGAAUCUAGCAGUACAGAUAUUCUUUUAGAAAACAAACCAACUAAAGAUGCUGAGAAACCGCUGCUCACAUUCCAAGGGAUGCAAAUCGAAAUUCCAGUUGUACCAACUUCGAGAAUAGAAAAUUUGCAGCAGGCAAAAAUUCUGUUCUCUGUCAUUCACAAAUGGGUGAAAAGAGCCAGACUAUACUAUACAUUGAGAGAUUUUCCGUUGCAGUAUGUGAAUCUAUGUUUGGACUUGAGUGAAUUAUACAGAUUUGUCUCACUGUUCGAAGAAGAUAUCGAGUCUCAGUAUGCAGUUCAGAAAAAACGCUAUGAUACUUUAGAAACAUUAAGUAAUAUUUUGAAAGAAGUUAGACCGAACUGUUACCUGGCUGUAAACAUCGAACUUACAAAAGAAAUUAUUGAAGUUCAGAUGGAGAUGAUGAACUUGAACCUGAAACGCCUACAUGUACCAUCACCCACCGCAAAGGUAAACUCAAAGGAAGAAGUUUUAGUACGAAAAGUUAAUGCCCUCAAAGAAGUAUCUGGAAAAUUGGAAAGCCUCUCGUCUUCACUUAAUUCUGACAUAAAUGUUGAGAAAAUCGAAAUCCCCGAAAUGAAUGUCGAUUUAGACGACAAGAAAACUGAAAAGAAAGGACUAGAAGACUGAAUAUAUUUUAACUUGUUUUACAUGUUUACUAUUUUAUAUAAACUUCAUAAUAAAAUCAAAAAUAUACUGCUGAAUGUAUUAAAUUU